AGAAACAGCCACGAUGCACUGCUCUGUCCUGUGUUGUAUUACAACUGUAGAGGAGUAAAAUGGGGACGUGACGUCAUGUGUGCCGUCUAGUGCGAUGACGUCACGGAACGUGGCGUCAUGCGCGCUGGGCGGCUCGAUGACGUCAUGUCUCUAGUAUUUAAAGGGGCCCCGUGACGAAAGCGGGGUCACUGUGGGAACGGGUAGAGUGAGAAGGGUGGAGAGGGAACCAGGGGUAGAGAGGGAUCGACGAAGAGUCAGGAGUGAAGCCGGUGGUAGCCGUAGGAGGUGCUGCUCUUCCCGGUCGGUGGGGUUGGCAAGUGCCCCCAUCCGACUCGAGGGAGAGAGACUGGACCUAGCCGGGCUGGAUCAGGACUUAGUGUAGGACCCCUAACCCCUGGGAAGUUGUCACACCCUUUGUGUUAUUGUAAUAUACUUAAUAAACCUUUGGCGAAAGCCCUUACCUUCAAGCCGUCUUCGAGUCGUCGUCAGUUGCUCCUCAACAACUGGUUUCAGAAGUGGGAUCCUCAACAACUGGUGUCAGAGUGUCUGCGCUGCCGCCACCAUGUCAACAUCGGGAGCGGCACACAAGAACCCACUGACGGGACGAUCGGAGGAUGAAGACGGCGUGGAGGAGGUUUCGGCAGUGACCCCGGAGUCCGGGGCCCCGGUGACGGCCCCCGAGAAGAAGAAUGGGACGGAGCGGGAGGAGAAGGCGUCCGGGGGUGCCAGCGCUCCGCCGCCGGGCGUGGGGAGCGCGUUCGUGGGGCAGCUGGAGCUGCUCACGCAGGCGAUGGCGCAGCUCGGCGCCCGAAUCAACAUGGAGAAGGCGUCCGGGGGUGCCAGCGGGCCACCGCCAGGGGCGGGGAGCGCGUUCGCGGAGCUGCUGGAGCCGCUCACACGGGCGAUGGAGCAGCUCUGCGCACAAGGCAACGUGGUGAAGGCGUCUGGGAGUGCCAGCGCGCCGCCGCCAGGCGCGGGGAGCGCAUUUGCGAGGCAGCUGGAGCUGCUCGCGUGGCCGAUGGCACAGCUCUGCGCCCAGAUCUGCGCCCAGAUCGAGGAGGUGGAGGCAAAGGUGCGCGCGCUCGACACGCAUUUUGGAUGGGAGCGGCGGAUUCCCGCCAACCUGCUUCCCGCUAAUUUCAAGAUUGGCGCCAUGUUCCCGACGGGGGCUCCGCGGGAGGCGGCCGCCAUUUUGGCUGCGACGCCGCUGGCGGCGGCCAUGUUGGUUGGGGCACGGCAGGCGGCCGCCAUUUUGGCUGCGACGCCACAAGCGUCCGCCAUUGUUGAUGCGACGCCGCAUGUCGGCGCCAUGGGCGCUGCGGCGCCGCUCUCCACCGUGGGUGCCGCCAAGCACGCGAGGUCUGCCGGCGGCGACGCCGCAGCUCUGCACCACGCUGCGCCCGCCGGAGGGGGCCCAGGGGUUCACCCCACUGUCUAGUCUCCUCCUUGGCGGAUGCCUCUGAGUGGAUUGAUGUGUCCACAACAGGGACACACUGACUCGGCACUUCCUCAUCCCUCGGCACUUCCUCGUCCCUCGGAAUUUCCUCAUCCCUCGGAAUUUCCUCAUCCCUCAGCCAGCUGUGCGCCAGUGCCUCUGCUGGUGUCAUCCGCAGAGCUGGAUCCCAUCUGUUGAGACACAUAGAAAUAUAUGGCACACGUGGCAAGGGUGAUAAUGAUGUAAGUAUUUACGUGCAUUUUUUUCUCUUACUGUGUCCAUUAACUUACGUGUGUAUGUUCAACUUAUUUCGCACCAUACAUAGCCAACCGUGCCAAUUGCAGGUACGGGUGAAGGACAACAAACUACAUUCAAUCAUGAGUUUAAAAAAAGUAGUUUUCAAUCUAUAUUUAAAAGUUAAUUGCCCCAGUGGUGUUGUGGUUAAUUUGUGGUUCAUUUGUGGUAAGCACUUUGUGUGUAUUGAGUGUGAUGUAUUCGUUUAGCAAGUGUAAUCCAAUGCAGCUCCGUGAACACUGGACGGACAUGGUUGGAUCUUGCAAAUAAUCUUGUACAUGCUGCAGCUUCCUAAUGCUUUUUGCAGACGUCCCGUAGACUAGUGAGUUGCAAUAAUCUAGCCUAUACGCCACGAUGUUGGCUAUGUCAUGACUCAAUAGUGGCUGAUUGUGUCAUAGAGCCCUGAUUAAAAAAAGAAUUGCAGGACCUGACUAUAUAAAAAAGGGAGAAGCAUAAAUCCUCCACUAUUGGUGAUGACUGGCAGAUGAACCUUCUGUUCUCCCCACUGUGCCACCUUGAUGUAUUUUUCCCCCUGGUGGUCCGUCAUUGUGAACAUCGCUCCACCACCCUCAAUUGUUGUUGGAGGGUCAAUGCUUACAACUGUCCAGUAGCCUCAAGGUACGUGUAGCCUGGCGUUGCCCAGUGGCAUCCUUCACCGAGCCCCCUCCACAUACAUGAUAUACAUAUAUCGAUAUAUGUUCCUUUUAAGGGCUUUCAUGUUAGAGUAUGUGAGUCUAUUGGUUUCUAUAAGUGUAUAGAUCAUGUGAGUGUAUGAGUCUGGGUCUUUAUAUGUGUAUGGACACGUCAGUGCAUGUGAGUCUAUUUGUCUAUGUAUUUGUAAAUGUAUGGCUGAUGUAAGUGUAUGCAAGUUUGUGGGUCUCUAUGUAAGUGUGUGGACAUUAAGGGCCUUCAUGAUGGUGGGCAAUCUCAGGUGAAGCUAUGUGGCCAGAAGUCAGAGCCAUUCCCUGUUUACCUUGGG